AUGCUCUGUCAGGAGGCAGGGACCGAAGGUGAGCAGCGCACGGCCAGAGACAGCCGCGACUCCAUCCGGCUAUACUCGCUGCGCCUGCAGCCACCGCCUCGGCUGCGCUCGCACAGCACCCCGCUGACACUACGCUGGCUGCGCGACAACUACGAGCUGCGCGAAGGCGUCUGCAUCCCGCGCAGUGUGCUUUUCCAGCACUACACCGUCUGCUGCUACGAGAACGGCAUGGUGCCUGUCAACGCCGCCAGCUUUGGCAAGAUUGUGCGCCAGGAGUACCCACGUCUCACGACACGACGGCUGGGCACGCGCGGUAAAUCGCGCUACCACUACUACGGCCUUGCCGUCGCCUGCUCGUCACGCUUCUACAGUCCGCUGUACGCCAAACAACACGCCGGCAUGAAGGUGAAAAAGAGAUCGACGAAAACUUUCAGCGAGGAGAAGCCGGCGCCGCGUCCAGCCCGGGUGGCGCUGCCCGAGUUCCCGUCGGUCAGCAGGAUCGCCUGGCGCGAGCCGGCUGUGCAGCGGGCUACACUGCACCGCUUCCUCGUCAUGUACCGUACCCACUGUCAGCGCCUGCUCGACCUGGUGGCUGCCGGCGACUACGGCGACGUGCAGGGCACGGUGACGCUCUUCUGGCAGGGCAUGCCGCAGCACGUGCGCGGCCUGCUGCGUCACGACGCCAUGGUGCAGGUGGUGGCCAGCUGCGACGGCAUCCUGUACGACACGCUGACCGAGCUGCUGCUGCCGUCCGAUAGUCAGCCGUCGGUGGAGCGGUCUCUGGGAGCGGCCGCGUUCGGUCUGCAGCUGCACGGCUGGCUGGCCGCCUGUCUCGCGCACACUCCGUCCCAGCUGCAGCAGGCCAAACUGGACGGUGAGGUGUGGACGGCGCCCCAAGGCUGGGCGCAGGUGCUGCAGCGGGUGCCGGCGCCGUGUCAGGCGCAGGCUGACGUGCGUUCGCCGUCCGCAGGGUGCGCGGAGAUGGCGCAGGUGCUGCAGCGGCUGCCGGCGCUGUGUCAGGCGCAGCACGCCUGUCUGUCCCUGCUGCGGGACGGGCCAACGCUGGCUCGCCUACAGGCGGACUGGCGAGCGGUCGACCUGUUCAAGGUGGUGCAGCUGGCGCUGGCCGAGGCACCGCACGCCGACUUCCACUGUCUCACCAACGCCGUGCUGGAGUUUGAGGGUCUCCUGCUGGGGUCUGCUGACCUCACGGCGCUCAGAGGGUUCAUGGACAGGCUGCUCAAGUCGUUCCUCAGAAGUCGCGGCGGCUGCGUCAGCGCCGAGGCUGAGGACCCCGCCCAGCUCCAGCACACGGUCCACCGUGUCUACCUCACCUGGAGCACCUUCUGCGGCGAGCUGCUGCGCAGGAUGUCUCACAGUGGUGCCGGCCAUACCCUGCACGCCUGGCUGACGCAGUACGCCCAGUAUCGGCUGCACGUGCUGUGCCUUCAGAGAGGUGCCGCCGGCCGGCUGGCCGCCCUCAACUCUUCGGACCAGAGCACCAGCGACGGCAGCUACGUUGACAGCGAGGACAGCACACAGAGGUCACCAGCUGGAGAGAUGCUCAGCGACUAUUUGAGUCCUGCAGGCGAGGACGUCAAGCAUAUGCCACCGCCCGAUGCAGCACUGAUGGAUAAUGAGUGGCCGAUAUUCAAGCCAUGCGGCACGCUGUCUUAAUAGCACACUGAGCGUUUCACGCUGCCUGGAUUGUUAGUGCGACGACUCCAGCAACCCCGGACUAAUAUUUCAAGAAACACAUCUGCCGGUGUGCGCGGGGUCUGGCACGCCACCGCACCCAUGGGAAAGAGCGCCCACCCGCCGCCACCGCGGAGCACCAUCCCAGCUGACUGCUGGUGGGCUUCAGAGAACAGGGUGAUAGUGUGGCGGAUGUCAGAGAACGGAGUGAUGGUGCGACGGUUCUCAGAGAACGGAGUGAUGGUGCGGCGGUUCUCAGAGAGCGGAGUGAUGGUGUGGCGGUUCUCAGAGAAAGGAGUGAUGGUGUAACUGUUCUCAGAGAACGGAGUGAUGGUGUGACGAUUCUCAGAGAACGGAGUGAUGGUGUGGCGGUUCUCAGAGAACGGAGUGAUGGUGUGGCGGUUCUCAGAAAACGGAGUGAUGGUGUGACUGCUUUCAGAGAACGGAGUGAUGGUGUGGCGGAUCUCCGAGAGCGGAGUGAUAGUGCGUGGUGAAACGUAAAUUAUCAGCCUACAGCGGCAUGAGCGAUUCGCUAACCAAGAUGACCUGUGCCAGAUUGCCGAUGCUCGUAAUCCGUCGGUCAGUGUAGACCCGUCACAAGCGCGGACGUGUUCGCUGAGACAGAGGCGAAAUCUCCCGGCAAACUCGAGGGAAAGCGCUGAGCGUUGAGAGAAUGCCGCGGCUUCCGUCAUAGCUUCUUUGCUGGAGAAACUUCCUGAACAUUGAUGACCCGUUGCUUUUAUGACGCAUUGUAUGCAGCUCAUGAUGUGUAACGUGAACAGCUUUGGUUCAAUGAGACUGCAGCUCUCUCUCCUCAUAGGUCAAGUUACCGUAUUUGCAAGUAUUUGACUCAUAUUCGCUGGUAUUCGGACGGUAAAGUUAUACCAGCAAGGUCAUAUCUGAGCUCACUGGCAGCAUUUCAACUUGUGUAAGCUACUACAAGAGCUCUCGUCGUACCAGGAUCACUUAACCGCACAAUAAGAUUUGGUACCAGGCGGCCAGCAAAUCAGCUGAGCUAUGAACGCAAUGAAGUCCUGCAGUCUCCACCGUAGCUGUGUGUUCUAUGCUUAGCUGCCUAAGGCAGUGUCACUCGAUUCGAAUUUCGGAUCAUACACAACCACUUAACCCUAUGGGGACAUAUAUGGAGGCCAGCUUGCAGCCAAAGCGGCACGGGGUCAGCUGCAAUGUGAGGAUGCCGUGCUAUUUUAUUAAGUGGCUUGAACAACCCAUCUCAGCUGUGAUUUUUAGUUUCACGACAGGAAAAACUGCACCAGAUUUACAGCUGCGUUUCUUCGAGCGUUUGACCGUUUACGGUCGACGUAUGGCAGAUUCUGCCCUAAGUCGUCCGUGCACACU